ACAUCCAUGUGACCAACAGUUUUGUGACAGCUGUGACCCACCUUUGUUUAUGUGUCUUAAAUGGGGGCUUAUUCAGCUUAAAAUAGCGAAAGUUGGGUUUCAUUUGAAGUAAGAUCAUGUCAGACCCAGAUUCUGUGAAAUUUGUAACAGAUUUCAAUAAAAUUUGCCGGACAUGUCUUUCAGAAAAAAAUAAGGAAGAUUUGUGUUCUCUAUUUGAUAAUUCUCUUGAUGUGAUUCUUACAAAUUUAGCUGAAAUAAAUGUUAGAAGGGACGACGGUUUGCCCGGUUUUAUAUGUAACGACUGCAUUUUCACUUUAAAUUUAUUUAUAAGUUUUAAAGAGCAAUGCCAGAAGGCAGAGUCCCAACUGAGGAAAGCUCUGUACACUACGCCGGAGAUUUACGGCGAGUACAAAACUGUAACAGUAUUAGGUGACAACAUUUCCACUAUUAUUGAAUUCAAGAAUGACUCUGUGUUAGACAAUCGCGACAAAAUCAUAACAGUGAGCAUAAAUGAGCCCCAAAUUGUAAAUAGCGACUUGCAAAUCGAUAAUCCAGUUACAACGGACCCCCUGAAAUGCCCCAAAUGCGAGCGUUCUUUCAAACUUGAAUCCACUCUAAAAACCCAUUUACUAAAACACGAAAAAAACCAAAAACUGAAGUGUGAAAUUUGUAAUAAAGAGUUUAAUCUGGUUACACAAUUCAAACAUCACGUGCGCACCCACACCAAUUACAAACCCUUUUCUUGCUCAAAAUGCGACAAAUCAUUCGCAUUAUCGUCAAGCUUGACUAAACACAUGCGAACACAUGGCGGCGAACGCAAACACUUGUGUAUCACCUGCGGGAAGCGGUUUUUCGAACCGGGCCACCUUAACGUAAGUAGCACCUUCGGUACUUCCCCCAUAACGCGCCCAUUCAAGAUUCACAUGCGGACACACACCGGGGAAAAACCGGUUAUUUGUAACAAGUGUGGUAAGAGAUUUACAGACCCACACGGGCUCAUAGCCCACAACAAAAUCCACACCGGCGAACGCAAAUACGAAUGCAACACUUGUGGGAAAAAAUUCGCACAUUCUUUCGUGCUUAAGGCGCAUAAAAGGGUCCACACCGGGGAAAAACCGUACGCUUGCACUAUGUGCAAGGCCGCCUUUGCGACGUCCUCGUACUUAACGAUUCACAAAAGGACGCACACGCAAGAACGGCCCUACAAGUGCGAAUGUUGCAGUAAGGCUUUUAUCAGUCGGUGUGCUUUAGUAGCACACAUGAGGACACACACAGGGGAGAAGAAAUUCCAGUGUUCGGUUUGUGGUAAACGCACAGGGCGGGCCGCUGAUUUACAGAUACAUAUGAGGUCACACACUGGGGAAAAACCCUACAGUUGUGACUUGUGCCCGAAAAAAUACCACACUUCGAGUAACUUAGCGGCGCAUAAAAGGACACAUCUGGGGGUCAAAAACCACUUUUGCGCCGUUUGUAGCAAGGCUUUUGGCGACUUGAGGACCCUUAAGUGUCACAUGAGGAUACACACGGGGGAAAGACCGUACAUUUGCGGGGUGUGCGGCAAUAGGUACACCCAGUCGGGACAAUUGGCCGCACAUAGACGCACGCAUGAUGUUUACAUUGAUGUAAAUACUGUUACGUAAAUAAAUCACUGAAAACGA